CAUCAGAGCAAGCAAGCUCCUGUAGACCCGGCUAUCAUCUCGUCCAAGUUGAAGGCACCCCCACAGGAGCAACCUACGCAGACUGUGGCUGACGACAAGAGCUCCGUCCAACCGACUAAGCCAUCGUCCGCACCUACCAGUACCACCGCGGACUCAAAGGUUGAGUCUAAGCCGGAUGUGAAGACAGCUUAUCAGUGGAAGCAUGUGUUUGGCUAUUACGGUCGAAUGAAAUCGGAAUGGAACGAGGUCAUGAAGGAGGUCCUUGAUGUCCACGGAGAACGCUAGGAACGUACGUAUUCGGUGUAUACAUUCGUGACCAUGACAUAUAUCAAUCAACCAGUGGUACUUACGAGCUUCCCAGAGACCGAUGCCAUAUUUCACGACAUUGGCCUUCAGAUGCCUACCCAAAGCGAAUAUCGGGUUCUCUCUCUCAUGCUACUUUCCGCAGAGGAUGUGCUGAAAGGUCGCACACUUCAGCGGAUUGAAAUUGUCGAACAAGCCUUCCGUACCAAGAGCCACUCCCCCUGCAGGCCGGCAAUCAUCUUCUGCCUCGAGGAUAGCAAAGACGGAAAAAGAAAGGGGAUGGACGCCUUCAUUGAACUUCAAACCAGGCUCAUGGACUCAACAGCCUCAGAUCUCUCCUCAGUUCCCAUCCUCCCCAUCGCUCGCUACACCGUCCUUCCGUCCUUGCUCGGCUGGCUUGAGAUGUGGGGACUGCCCGCCAAGUUCUUCGACACACUGCCUUUUGAACUCCGGGAUGACAAGCCCCCUUGGCCUUGCACGCUCAGCAACAGCAAUAACCUCGUCCCGCGUUCGGCUAUGUCUAGCAGUAUCCUGAAUGGUCCGCCUUUUUGUCUCCUCAUCGGAAAGAGGGGUUCCAAUGCUCGAGGGCUGAUCAACGUGGUUAUUGCAAAGGCAGGAAUGAGGGCGAUCCGGAAGACGCCAAGAGAGACGUCCCAAGAGACGGGGCAGGCGGUACAGGAGUAUGAGGGACAGGCCAAGGUAGAGAGGGUCGUUGCUUUUUGGCUGAAAGAGUACAUUCUUGACCAUUGAGCGGAAUGAUUCCAGGGUUUUCUUUUCACCGACUAGCUUAUCACAGAGGUAGACAUCUCUUGUACUUGAGAGUUUCGCAAAAGCGUUGAUUUAAAUAGCUUAGUUUACAUUGAUACAAAAUAAACCGAAGAGAAAGCAUGCCAUCCA